GACAUUUAAUACGUCAUAGAUUUAUAGAAAAAAAAAUGUUUUUGUUUAUAACGAAGGUUCUUAUUAUUUGGUUUAUUGCUAAGCAGUGUCCUGUAAUUUGUCAUGAGGAAACUAUCGAGGAUAAUAAUAAUGAAGAACCGAAGAGGAAACUUAAUGUCGUACUGUUUUUUACCCAUGUGGACUUGAAAAAUUUUUCGUUGAACCAGGAUAGUUUGAGGUCCUUAAAUUUUGAUCAAAAGAGCAGAGUUAAGCAUGACACCUUAGAACUGACCGCAAAACCCGAUCACAAAGAAGGUUCAGCUUACUGCAAGGACUACUUAAAAAACAGCCUUUUAGCACUCACCAAAUACUGCCAUACAGUUAUGAAAAUGAAAACUGCGAUAGCAUCGGUUUCCAGUAAAGAGAUGACCAACGAUAUCCAAGAACCGGAGGGACCUUACCACAUACCGAAGAUCCAUAUGGAUGAACCGAGAUCAAAAAGAUCAGAGGCAAAUGCCAACGAGUCAAAACGAAAGGGCGGCGUCGGUAUUAUUACUGGGGCAAACAGGCAUACAGAAAUAUUUGAAAUAAGACUUAAAAAACGUGAUGCGAAAGAAGAAGAGCCCAAGCAAGUGGAAAUCGUUGUGGAAGGUGAGGUACCUGAGAAAACCUCUACUGCAAAGUCCUGGGAUGUUUUGGAUGUGAUGAAGCAUGUUAGAUACUCGUUUUUAGGAAACAUGUUGAAAGAUACUUUGAAAAACGAUAUGAAAGCAGACCAGGACGAUUUUGCCGAUAUUGAGCAUAUAGGCAAGCAAAAAGAGGACGCGGGACUUUUUAGCAUGGUAAAAUCAACUUUGGAGGUCUUAAAUUCGCCACCAGAAAGCCCGUUUUUAUUGGUUAUAUUUGGUGGACAUCUCAGCGCAUUGACUAAUAAGCAAAGUCCAAUUUUUAAUAGUAUCAAGCAUGUGGUCGAAAUGACUGAUAUGAAUAAUACUUUGAUUGCUGUUACAGGUUCUUGUUCUGAGCACCUACCUGAAGCAGAAAUCGACAAGGAAAAUGAACAGUGUACUUUCACUAUACCGUUGUAUGCAAAAGGUCCUAAUAGCGAUAUGCUUUCAGAGUGUAAAUUGUUAUACGAUAUCCCGUUAACUGUAAGGAAGAUCUUAGAAGUCGAGUGUGGAGGAGGUGUACAGCUUGAAAUUGAGACACAAGAAACAUAGGACAAUGUACAAGGGAUCCUCAUGGGAUUCAUUUUAUAAUUCAAUUAAUAAAAUAUACUUACUGGAAAUUA